CGCCCCAUAGCGCCCUGUUCUCACCCCAUUGCGCCCCCUUGUCCCCCCUGCAGCAACCUGGAGGGCUUCCUGGAGGAGUUUGCUGACAUUUCCAAGGAGGACCAGAUCAAGAAGCUCCACGACCUGCUGGGCCCCCACAUGCUGCGGCGCCUCAAGGCUGAUGUCUUCAAGAACAUGCCUGCCAAGACUGAGCUCAUCGUCAGGGUGGAGCUGAGCCCCAUGCAGAAGAAGUACUACAAGUACAUCCUGACGCGGAACUUCGAGGCGCUGAACUCGCGGGGCGGCGGGAACCAGGUGUCGCUGCUCAACAUCAUGAUGGACCUCAAGAAGUGCUGCAACCACCCCUACCUGUUCCCUGUGGCCGCCAUGGAGUCCCCGAAGCUGCCGAGCGGGGCGUACGAGGGGGGGGCGCUCAUCAAGGCCUCGGGGAAGCUGCUCCUGCUCCAGAAGAUGCUGCGCAAGCUCAAGGAGCAGAACCACCGCGUGCUCAUCUUCUCCCAGAUGACGAAGAUGCUGGACCUGCUCGAGGACUUCCUGGACUACGAGGGCUACAAGUACGAGCGCAUCGACGGCGGCAUCACCGGCGCCCUGCGGCAGGAGGCCAUCGACCGCUUCAACGCGCCGGGGGCGCAGCAGUUCUGUUUCCUGCUCUCGACACGGGCCGGGGGCCUCGGCAUCAACCUGGCGACCGCCGACACCGUCGUCAUCUUCGACUCCGACUGGAACCCACACAACGACAUCCAGGCGUUCAGCCGCGCGCACCGCAUCGGCCAGGCCAACAAGGUGAUGAUCUACCGGUUCGUGACGCGCGCGUCGGUGGAGGAGCGCAUCACGCAGGUGGCCAAGCGCAAGAUGAUGCUCACGCACCUGGUGGUGCGCCCGGGGCUGGGCUCCAAGGCCGGCUCCAUGUCCAAGCAGGAGCUCGACGACAUCCUCAAGUUCGGCACCGAGGAGCUCUUCAAGGAUGAGAACGAGGGGGACAACAAGGAGGAGGACAGCAGUGUGAUCCACUACGACAACGAGGCCAUCGCGCGGCUCCUGGACCGCAACCAGGACGCCACCGACGACGCUGACGUGCAGAACAUGAACGAGUACCUGAGCUCCUUCAAGGUGGCCCAGUACGUGGUGCGGGAGGAGGACAAGAUCGAGGAGAUCGAGCGGGAGAUCAUCAAGCAGGAGGAGAACGUGGACCCCGACUACUGGGAGAAGCUGCUGCGGCACCACUACGAGCAGCAGCAGGAGGACCUGGCCCGCAACCUGGGCAAGGGCAAGCGCGUGCGCAAGCAGGUCAACUACAACGAUGCGGCCCAGGAGGACCAAGAUAACCAGUCCGAGUACUCGGUGGGCUCCGAGGAGGAGGACGAGGACUUCGAUGAGCGGCCCGAGGGCCGCCGUCAGUCCAAGCGGCAGCUCCGCAAUGAGAAGGACAAGCCCCUGCCGCCGCUGCUGGCCCGGGUCGGGGGCAACAUCGAGGUGCUGGGGUUCAACACGCGGCAGCGCAAGGCCUUCUUGAACGCGGUGAUGAGGUGGGGGAUGCCCCCCCAGGACGCCUUCACCUCCCAAUGGCUCGUGCGGGACCUGCGUGGCAAGAGCGAGAAGGAGUUCAAAGCCUACGUGUCCCUCUUCAUGCGUCACCUGUGCGAGCCGGGCGCCGACGGCUCGGAGACCUUUGCGGACGGGGUCCCCCGGGAGGGGCUGUCCCGGCAGCAGGUCCUCACCCGCAUCGGGGUCAUGUCCCUCGUCAAGAAGAAGGUGCAGGAGUUCGAGCACAUCAACGGGCGCUGGAGCCUCCCGGAGCUGCCCCCGGAGCCCAGCGCCGCCGACUCCAAGCGCUCGUCCCGGGCCUCGUCCCCCGCCAGGACCGGGCCCCCCAGCCCCGAGCACAGCGGCCCCCCCAGCCCCGCCCCACACAGCCCCGCCACGCCAGCCCCCAGCGAGCGCGGGGACGGGCCGGGGCCCCCCCAGGACAGGGACCAUGGGGACCCCAACAGGGACGAGAAGGAGCCCAAAGGUGCCGAGAAGAUGGAGCCCGAGCCGCCGGUCCCCGAGGUGCCCCCAUCGCCCGGUGACGGCAGCGAGGCCGAGGGGAUGCGCAAGGGGGAGGAGGAAGAAGGACCCGGCCACAGGGAGCCCGAGGCCGAAGGGACCGCGGCCCGCGAGGAACGAGCGGGCCCGGAGCCCCCCCCUGCAGACAAAGCCGAGGAGAAGCCCCCGGACGAGGACCCCAAGGAGCGGGGGGGGGACCCCGACCACAAACGAGAGGAGCCCAAGGCCGAGAGGGACCCCAAAGCCGAGCCCCGCGCCAACGGGCGCCGCGACGACCGGGCCGAGAAGCCGCGGUUCAUGUUCAACAUCGCCGACGGGGGCUUCACGGAGCUGCACACGCUGUGGCAGAACGAGGAGCGCGCCGCCAUCUCCUCCGGGAAGCUCAAUGAGAUCUGGCACCGGCGCCACGACUACUGGCUGCUGGCCGGGAUCGUGGGCUACGCGCGCUGGACCGACAUCCAGAACGACGGCGCCUUCGGGGUCAUCAACGAACCCUUCAAGGGGGAGGCCUCCAAAGGGAACUUCCUGGAGAUGAAGAACAAGUUCCUGGCCCGGCGCUUCAAGCUCCUGGAGCAGGCGCUGGUGAUCGAGGAGCAGCUGCGGCGCGCCGCGUACCUCAACAUGACGCAGGACCCCAGCCACCCAGCCAUGGCCCUCAACACCCGCUUCGCCGAGGUCGAGUGCCUGGCCGAGAGCCACCAGCACUUGUCCAAGGAGUCGCUGGCGGGCAACAAGCCCGCGAACGCCGUCCUGCACAAGGUGCUGAACCAGCUGGAGGAGCUGCUGAGCGACAUGAAGGCGGACGUCACCCGCCUGCCCGCCACCCUCUCGCGCAUCCCCCCCAUCGCCGCCCGCCUCCAGAUGUCCGAGCGCAGCAUCCUCAGCCGCCUGGCCAGCAAGGGCACCGAGAGCCACCCCCCACCUACCUUCCCACCAGGGCCCUACGCCACCCCCCAGACCUAUGGGGGCACCUUUGGGACCCCCCCACCCGGAGCCCUCCCCCCUGGAGGGGCCAACUACAGCCAGAUGCCACCCGGGUCCUUCAUCACCGCCGCUGCCAAUGGUCCCCCCGUGCUGGUGAAGCGGGAGCGCGAGGCCGAGGGCCAGGACAAGAAGGAGCCGCGGGGGGGGGAGGUCAUUUGCAUCGAUGACUAAAGGAGGGGGGGGCCAUGGGGGGGCCCCCCCCUUAUGUCCCCUUCCCCCCCCCCCCCUUUGGCAGCGGUGGGGGAGGGGCACCACUGCCAAAAUCGCCUCUUUUCACCCCAAAUCCGCUCUUGGGGGGGGGUGUGUGUUUGGGCGGUACCAAUAUGGGGGGGGGGGGUGACAAGGACCACUGCAGCUAUAAAUAUAUAUAUAUAUAUAUCUCCCCCCCAUAGCAGGGGGGACCAAGGGGUUGGGGUGGCCCCUGUGUCCCCCCCCACCCUCCUCUGGGGUGGGCCCCCCCCCGCCCCCCACCCAGGGGUGUCCCCAAGGGUCACCCCAAAACUUCCCCCUCCCCCCCUCCCUCCCCCAUUGGGGCACUUGUUUAACCGCAGCAGAAUAAAACCCGGUUCCUUGGCUAUGGCA